GGCCGGGUAGGCGGGCGCCAAGACCUCACGCGCUUUCGGCGCUUACUCUCGCACGCGGUCCCCGGUAGCCACGCCACGCGCGCACUCACUCUCCCUCUCAGCGCGCGGCUGCGGGGCGCGAUGGACGCGGCGCUGCUCCACAGCCUGCUGGAGGCCAACUGCAGCCUGGCGCUGGCCGAAGAGCUGUUCUGGGACGGCUGGGCGCUGCCCCUGGACCCCGAGGGUCCCUACUCCUACUGCAACACGACCUUGGACCAGAUCGGGACUUGCUGGCCCCGGAGUGUGGCCGGAGCCCUGGUGGAGAGGCCGUGCCCCGAGUACUUCAACGGCAUCAAGUACAACGCCACGCGGAACGCCUACCGAGAGUGCUUGGAGAAUGGGACGUGGGCCUCCCGGAUUAACUACUCGCAGUGCGUGCCCAUUUUGGACGACAAGCAGAGGAAGUACGACCUGCACUACCAUGUCGCCCUCGUGGUCAACUACGUGGGCCACUGUGUGUCGGUGGCAGCCCUGGUGGCCGCUUUCCUGCUGUUCCUGGCCCUGCGAAGCAUUCGCUGUCUGCGGAACGUGAUUCACUGGAACCUCAUCACCACCUUUAUCCUGAGAAACGUCACGUGGUUCCUGCUGCAGCUCAUCGACCACAAAGCACAUGAAAACAAUGAGGCCUGGUGCCGCUGCAUCACCGCUGUCUUCAACUACUUCGUGGUGACUAACUUCUUCUGGAUGUUCGUGGAGGGCUGCUACCUGCACACAGCCAUUGUCAUGACCUACUCCACUGAGCGCCUGCGGAAGUGGCUCUUCCUCGUCAUCGGAUGGUGCAUCCCCUGCCCGAUCAUUAUUGCCUGGGCCAUUGGCAAACUCUACUAUGAGAAUGAACAGUGCUGGUUUGGGAAGGAACCUGGUGACCUCGUGGACUACAUCUACCAGGGCCCCAUCAUCCUCGUGCUCCUGGUCCCGGGGAGAGGCUGGGUGUGCUGGCUCAGAUGCCGAGAGGCUCGGAAUGAAGAUAAACGAGGCCCUUCCGGGAGCCUGGGAGCCAGCACAGCAGCGCAUUCAUCUUCAUCGCCUCAGGGGUGCCUGCGAAGGCUCUGGAGUUUUACUGGCACAGGGGAUGGAUGGCAAGAGAUUAAUCACUCCCUUGGCAACCAGAUCAAUUUUGUAUUUCUGUUCAACAUCGUCAGGAUCCUAAUGACAAAAUUACGAGCAUCAACCACGUCAGAGACCAUCCAGUACAGGAAGGCGGUGAAGGCCACCCUGGUUCUCCUGCCCCUUCUGGGCAUCACCUACAUGCUCUUCUUUGUGAAUCCCGGGGAGGAGGACCUGUCACAGAUCGUGUUCAUCUACUUCAACUCCUUCCUGCAGUCGUUCCAGGGUUUCUUUGUGUCUGUCUUCUACUGCUUCUUAAAUGGAGAGGUGCGCUCAGCCAUGAGGAAGCGGUGGCACCGCUGGCAAGACCAUCACUCCCUCCGAGUCCCAGUGGCCCGGGCCAUGUCCAUCCCCACGUCGCCCACACGCAUCAGCUUCCACAGCAUCAAGCAGACAGCCGCCGUAUGACGCCUCAGGCGCCCCACCUCGCCUGUCCCUCCCGGCGGGACACUCCCCAUCUGCCUCCACCGCCCGCUCUGGGCUCUCCUUGCUGCGCAGGCUCUGGUGGGACGGAAGAGAGCGCAGAGAGCACUUCCCCGUCCGGCCAGGAGACAGGCUGUGCAAUGGCGCAAGGGGCCCCAGCAACCAGGGCCAGGUGGGCCCACGUCUCAGUGCAAGAGGGAGCAGAGCGGAGAAGUCACAGGAGCCUCCUCUGAGAAGAACGGGGCGCGCGUCUUCAGACAUUUGUCCACACCAGCCUCUCGCACGAGAUCCUCACUGUAGCCCCAUUCGCAGAUGGGGCAACAGGCCCCAGAGCCAGGAAGGGCCUGCCCAGCUCCCACAGCUAGUUCAUGGUGGACCCGGGGCUCCCCUGCCCUACUGAGGGUGCAGGCCUUCCCGCCAGCAGCAGCAGGGUGGUGGUCGGCCCUGCCCCCGUCUGUGCCUCUGUGCUCGAUGGCGCCCUCUGCAGCUGCGGGGAGGCACAGCAGCUGGAGUAAAGGAUUAAUUCAGAGGGCUUCACCCCAGGGCCUCUCGCCUGGAGGAGAAGCCUCAUCUACAGCCCAGCCCUGACCCAGCCAUCCUCCUGCCCCUGGGGGCCCCUGAAGGAUGCUGACUCCUUUCUGGGAGCUCUGUUCUCAGCCUAGUCCACAGAUUCAGGGGCGUGGGGAGGGGCAGGUGAGGAGGAUGACAUGGGCAGGGCAGCCAUACGCUCUUAGGCCAGCCAGAUACGUAGUGCAGGGCGAAACAGGGAGAAGCAGCACGGGAUGAGCCAGGAGGAGGAGCGGGUUAGAAAUAUCGGAAACCAAAGUACGUCUUUCAUGACUGGAGCUCAUCCCCCAGCCCCUACCUGAGACUGGGCUUCAGCCUCCCAUUCAGAAACCACAUCUCUGCUCUCUGAAAUAAACCUCCCUGCAGGUCAAGUCCACCAGGCAUCCAAAGGGUCGCCGUGGCCACGCAGAGUGGGCUGGUCCAUCCUCGUUUGCAGACUCCGGCCCCGGCCUGGGGCCAGUUCUUCCUCUCUGACCUGCACAUCUGUCCCUUCUCAAUUCCCCAGGACAAUAUCUGCCCCUUCUCCCCAACUAAGGGCAGUUGAAGUCAGCACGGAGGAGAGGUACGAGCCCCCAGCAGCCACGGCCUCUCCCAGAGGCCCAGGUUCUGGAAUCUGCAGGGAAGUGUAGACAGAGCCCACAGACAACAGGCACAGGGCAGCUUCUGCCCUGGCUUAUAGGAGCGGCUGGGCGUCCAGGACAGAAGGAGCCAUCAGGCCGGGGUUCAAGAGGGCUUUGUUCUAGAUACAUCCUCCCCGCCCCCCCCACACACACACAUUUUUUAAACUAUGUAUCCUAUGUUGCACAUUUUUAAGUUGCCAUAUAAUUUUUUUUACAUAAACUAGCGAGAGAGGUGAUUUCUCGCAUUUGGUAAAUAUUUACGUUUUAAAAUAAAGCGGCCACGGCCCUUUAAAAAACAUCA